CUGGGUAGCUUUCUGGGGCCCCGUCUGACAGCGUCGAGCGCGGGAGGCCGGGGGCAUGGAUUGUGCCAAGCGUCUCCUUAGCCAGCUCUCCGUCUCCUUGGGAGCGUGUGCCAUGCUGAAUAAUGCUGGUUCUCCUUAAAAUGGAAUAUUUUGCCAUCUGUUACCUUCUGGAGAACUGAAGCAAGAAGGUGCUUUUUGCAGGACUAAUACCAGCUUUCAUUUAAAAUGGGUGUGUUUCCCAGCUGUAGGGAUUGCUCAGCAAGCUAGCGUGGAAGAGGAAUGGAAGAUAACAUUGGAUGCUCAUUCUCCAAGUGCUGCCAAGCUCGGGACUUCUGGGUUCUGUUCCCGGCAGUGUGACUGGAGAUGAGCUGAAGAAGCGGAUCACCCCCCAACAGAUGCUGGCAUGGGGGUGGACGUCCUGGAAUCUGGUGACACGACACCCCCUACAAAGAGGAAAAGCAAAUUUUCGAGCUUUGGCAAGAUCUUCAAGCCUUGGAAGUGGAGGAAAAAGAAAAGCAGUGAUAAAUUUAAGGAAACCUCGGAAGUUUUAGAGCGAAAGAUUUCUAUGCGAAAGCCAAGAGAGGAGCUGGUAAAAAGAGGGGUUCUGUUGGAAGACCCUGAGCAGGACGGUGAAGAACCAGAGAAGCUCAACCCACCUGCACUCAAGAAUGGCCAUACAGUCCCUAUUGGUGGUCUUGGGGUUUGUAACCGGACCAGUCAAGAGGAGGAAGCCACAAAGCCGCCAAGCCUCGGGAAGCCUGUUCCAACUGAGGAACCAAAGAAAAGACAGGGCUCAUCCAGCAGCCAUCCUGGUGCAGAAUCAGAACCACCUCAGGAGCCGCAUGUCCCCAGACAGCCUCUGCUUCCUCCAAAAAGACCUCCCUCCACUUCCCAGGAAGCAAAUGAAGCACAGGUGAAAGAUCCUGCCCCUGCCAGCAAUACUGUGAGAACUGCAUCCUCCACUACAGCCCCCGUGGCAGCAAAGACAGUCAGUUCCACAGCUGCCCCUUCCCCGGCCCCCAGGACUCUGCCCCCUGCUCUUGCCAGUGCCAACACUACUGCUCCCACGAGCACAACCAGCACAGCUCCUGCCAAACAGCCUCCCAUCCCUCCGCCCAAGCCUGUGAACAGAAAUAGCAACUCAGUCAUAGCUGAACUUUCUCAAGCAAUGAAUAGUGGUACAGGCUUGUCUAAGCCUUCCCCUCCCCUCCCACCCAAGAGAGGCCUCAUGCCUAACAACAGCUCAGAGUCAGCUCUCACUUCCAAGCCCCCAAGCGAGAGGACAGUGACAGCUAACCGCUCGGCCCCGAUGCCAGUGCACGUGGCCCCUGCUUACCCACCACCUUCGCCUUCACCACCGCUGCCCACACACAUACCGCCUGAGCCUCCACGCGUUCCCUUGCCUGCCUCCACUCCUGCCUUGGACCCUCCGCGCUCCCUGGACCUGCCCAAAGAGACUCCUCUUCCACCUGAAGACUUCAGAUCCCUGGAAGCAACGAAGAGGGGAGCAGAGCAAGGGUUUGGUGAACCUCACGUGCUGCCUCGGCUGCCCCAAAUCCCCUUGCACAUUCGGAUCCAGCAGGCUCUGGCCAGUCCCCUGCCUGUCACGCCGCCUGCCGAGGGCUCGCAUAGGGCUCACUCCCUGCUCUUUGAGAACGAUAGCUUUGGAGAAGACAAUGGCACCCUGGGCCGGACGAGGUCCCUGCCGGUCACCAUCGAGAUGCUGAAAGUUCCAGACGAUGAGGAAGAUGAUGACCAGGAGGAGGAGCAGAGUGCAGGCCCUCGUGUAUAUAUUGGAGAUGUGCCAUCUGUCACGGUCAUCCCAAAGCUGAUAUCCCAGACCCUCCCAGAGGAGCAGGAGGGAGAGGAAGGGAUGAGCGACUCCGACUCAGAAGGGCCCAUUCUGUACAAGGAUGAUGAGGAUGAAGAUGAUGAAAGCCAUAACAGCACACUGGCUAACAAAGUGAAGAGGAAAGACACACUCGCUAUGAAGCUGGGGAAUGCAGCUGCCCUGCACGAGGAAAAGAUGAUUGUUUUCCCUCGGAAGAGCAAGGAGGAGUGGAACGAAAUCCGGCACCAGAUUGGGACAACACUGAUCAGGCGACUGAGUCAAAGACCGACAGCAGAAGAACUGGAGCAGAGGAACAUACUUCAACCGAAAAAUGAAGCUGACCGUCAAGCUGAGAAGCGAGAGAUCAAACGCAGGCUCACCAGAAAGCUUAGCCAAAGGCCUACAGUGGCAGAGCUGCAGGCCAGGAAGAUCCUGAGAUUUAAUGAAUAUGUGGAAGUAACAGAUGCUCAAGACUAUGACCGGCGAGCGGAUAAGCCAUGGACAAAGCUCACACCAGCUGACAAGGCUGCCAUCCGGAAGGAACUGAAUGAGUUUAAGAGCUGUGAAAUGGAAGUCCAUGAGGACAGCAAGCAGUUCACACGGUACCAUCGACCAUAAUCCUCCAAGAGGGAGCAAGAGACUCGAGAGCACUGAAAGUUCUCAGUGUCAGUCUCCUGGCAAUUCAGUGAGGGUGAACCUCGACUCUUCCAAGAUUUGCCUUCAAAACAUAUCUAGAAAAGGGCUCUCAGCUGGGGAAGGGGAAAUCCUGUCCGAAUGUAGCAUUUCACUGGAACAAACGUCUCGAGUGCCAUCAGGCUGGAACUGAACACUAUACCUCGCACGGCUCAGCAAUACGCCUCCCCUGGCACCCAGCAUCCCUGCCGGGAGAUCACGCACAUGUGAAUGAACGGUUCCUUCCCCAGCUCCCUUUCUCAACCGUGCCAGGCCCAGUUCUCAGCUGUACAUACUCCUUAUGACUGGGAACUUGUUAAUUUUCCUCCUCCUUGCCAAGGGGAAGAAAAAAUCUGGCUGCUCUGGUGUUCAAGAACUGAGGAAUGGGGAAGCGGAUGUGCCAGGAAGCACAUGUGUAUAUUAGCUGUGUACAGAAACCCUGCACAGAUGCUGACCUGGCGGACAACUGACGUGUGACUCAAUUUUUUUGGUUUUGCUUGUGUCUCUGUAAUGUACUUAAUGUCCUGAAUCACUACUGACCAAUGGUUUGGUGUCCUGGAAGGGAAUUGUAUAGAUAUUAACAUAUGCUGCAUCUUUGUUUAAAAAACAAACAAAAACACAAAACUGUUUAAAUGUACAAAACAUUCCCUCCCCACUCUCUCUCUCACUUGCUCUGAUGUUAACAGAUCUUGUCUUGAGAUAUUUAGGCUUGUUUAACAAAUUACAGAACCAGGAAAUGACUGUUGCCUUUUAAAAACUUUUUACUUGGGGGAAGCUGUGAUAGUAGUCAAUUCUUUUUGUUGUGACUUUGUCUGUAAUGUUGGUUUUUUUUUUUUUUUUUUUUUUUACUCUCACGGAUCAGUGAGAAAGGGUGACACUUGCCUUUUUUUCUUUCUUUUUAAACAGCAAAACCUACUGGAAACUUGAUAAUUUCACUGUGCGGGUGGAAGCUGGGGUUAGUGGGGGAGAAGAGGUUUAAGAAGUGACCUUAAAGCAGAUACUCAUUCUCAGUGGAGAGGGAGGGAAUACUUAACGGUUCUUACCGGAUGCUUGGGUUUUUAGUUCUGGUAUCGGCCACUGCUGUAUCAUGCACAAAACCAGCCCCAUGGGCACGACGCCCCGAAGGAGGGAGAGGGCAGGUGCUACUGCCGGACUGCCAUGCGCGGUGAGAGGACUUGCCUUGUUCACGCGCUGGUCUCGCUCGGCCCUGCUGCCCGGGCGCUCGCGCUGUGCCAAGCCGGGCUGGGGUCCGGCAACCCCCUGCGCUUCCCCCACCGCCGCGGCCCCGAGGAGGCGCCAGGCCGGGGGCGGCCUGCGCGGCCCCGUGCCCGCCGCCGCCAUGCUGGGCCUCCGAGGAGGCGGCCGAGGGCGCCUUCCCCCUCGCGGCUUCCCCCUGUACCAUAUGGCUGUAGACUAAAUCGUUGCAUUGUAUAUCUGUUUUCUCAUCAACGGAUUUUAAUUAUUGAAUAAAAAGUAUUUUAGGAUUUUUUUAAAA